AUGCGACGCCAGACGAAAUUCCAGGGAGGUACAAGCGCUCUGGGUCGCAAUCGAGACCUGGUUCUGAUUCCCAGUGUUUUUGAUCAAGAUUCCUCAACGAGCUUCUGUGAUCCCCAGAGCUUCGCAGGUUCGAACCUCUCUACUGUGGACCAACCUCUGCAGCGGAUACGACGCCGACAUCAUUCUCCCUCUCGCUCGGUUGAUACAGAGCCUGGGUCUUCGCCCGACAACCCAAUCGAUCUAGAGAAUGUUACGGAUCAAGAACAAGACACUCAGCCUCUCAACGAAGAUCGAGAAGCUGAACACCUUGAUGGCGAUCCCGAGCCUGAGAGCGAUAGUGAGGCUGGAACUGGAAGAGAUGUUGAGAAUACGCCGCUGCCGCUGCAGGACGCGGAGAUGGAGACGGACCCGUACAGCAAUCUCUGGGGGAACGAGGGCAGUGACAAGGAGAACGUUGAACCGCCACUAUCUCUUCCCACUAAGCUCGCCGAUGAUGUCUCCGUGGAUGGGCCCUUGAAGGAGACAGACACCUACCGCAGUCAGCGAGUCCCCUUCAACCUACGUCAAUCCAGACCCAGGCAGCCCUCAUAUCUUCAUCUCACGUGCCGCAAGGAGGCUGGAGACAGGUGCCUUGAAGUAUCUUCUGUGGGCACCGGCAUGGUGGACAGAGGAUGA